AUGACUUCCAAUCCAGUACACACCACGGCACCAUGCAGUGAUGUCGUACUGCUUCCUGUGAAGCUCGACGCCUUCGUGCUCAACGAAGCCGUGUGCAACGGCGGGGCAUUUGACGCCAAGAUCGCGCCCAUUACCCAGCCAAACUACACGUUCCUCCGCCUGGACGAUUUCUAUCUCCAGAACGAUGUGCUCAACCAUGUCGACUUGCACGCAGCGUCGCCGGCGGAGAGGAAUCCGCGGGUUACUGAUUUGCGGACUGCGAGUCGGCGCAACAACCGCCUGGGCGUCUAUCUUCACUGGACGCUGCCGCGUGUCUACCGUCUCGCCGCCACCACUCAGGAGGCAGGCGAGUUUCGUCAAGAUAUGAGCAAGCAGCAACUGGUGCCGACGCGGUGGCUUGUCGUCAGGCAGCUCGAUCUUGCGACCGUCGAGCCAAAAGGGGCCGUCGCGGACGAAUUCGACUCGUGGGUGGUCGAGAGCGACCGCAAACGCGACUUGUACCAGGACCUCACCGAACAGGAUGACAUGGAGGUUGACGUCUCACCUUUUGUGUCGGCCGAAGUGAAUGCCGCGGGGGGGGCCAUUGGCGACCAGGCCGAGGUGUUUAUUGGCAAGAAAACGUCUCUCCGGUCCUGGGAGGAAGAUCUCAACGCGCCGCGCACCAGAGUGAGCGUUUUUGACAGCUCGAACCAGCUGUUUCCCGAUUACCAGCCACACAACUCCAACGUCUUCAGCAUGAUCGACCCCCUGGUCUUCGACGAUGGCAAGCAAAAGCUGACCAAGGCGAAUGCGAGCUACUUCGUCAUUGGCUGGCACGCCCAGGAGGGCCAGGACCCAUUCGCCGUCGGCGACCAUGGCGCUUCCCGCAAGGACCGACUCCGCGCGCUCUCCAUGGCCCUAGCUGACGGCCACAUUGAUGACGUGCAGGAUUGGCUUAACGGCCCAGCUGGUAGCACUCGCGUCCUCUGUCACGGUGCCAUGUACGACGUCGAGUGGGAUAUAUCCCAGAAACCGCGAAAUGUGCCUGCCGACGAGUACGGCCGCAAGCUCAACGAGCAAAUUCCCAUCUCGCUCGGCACCACGCCCAUCGACGCGCUCAUGGCCUACUUUGACGGCUACAAGUCCAUGGACAAGGCGAGGAUCGAGCGUGCCGAGGCGAGCGUUGACGCCAUUCAGUUUCUGCUCCACUCCACGGAUGACGGCGUGGAGUCACAGAGACGGGCCGAAGACCUCCUCAGCAGCACCCUCUACAUGAGCUCCGAUGGUGGAACCGAAUACCACUUGGCCGCCGGCGACAGUUCGGCUCCGAGCGGCGGCAUCAGCCGAGAGGAAGAGGCCAGGAAGAGGGCGCAGAGAGCUGCCAACAUUGUCAAGUUGAAAGAGCUCAACAAGGCCCAGGCCCUACUCGAUUCUGCCUCGCGUCAGAGGCAGGAAAUGCAGUGGGACAUGUUCUCGCUCUGGUGGAGAUACCUGAGCGAUCACAACGGGGCAGCCAAGGCGGAGCAGAUUCGGCAGGCCGCCCAGGAUCUGCAAGCGCGGGCUCAGGAUCUGGACGAGACAAUCGAACGAGUUGUUGCUUCCAUGCAAUCGGACGGCGGUCUUAGGGAGGGGCUCCCGGGGACAAAGAGCGGCGCCAAGGCCCCGUUUGUCAAGCCCCUCGAUCCGACCCUGCUGAUCGGCGGAGUCCCGACCGGGUGGGAGCACGAUUUCCUGAAUCCCACCCAAGUUCGGCUGCCCUCACAGGCCAUUGGAAGCGUGGAGAUGGAGGGUGCAGAUUCUGCCAACAUACCCCCGGCCAUGGAACCGUUGGCCUCGCUGGCAAAGGCACGGCUGCCAAGCCAUCUGUCUCUUGCUGUAGGAUGCCUCCUUGCUGAAUUCAUAGCUCUGAAUCCACGAGCUGGCGGCAAUAGCGGCGGCGCCCGGGCCACCAAAGUAAUGCCCCUUUACCACGACCAGCUCCCGACCAAACCCAAUGGUUCCCCCUCGCCCUGGAGGGACAGAUGGAAUUCAACGCAGCCUUGGUUUCCUCUGUUUGUGGAGUGGGAGGCCGAGUACAUCCACAUCCCCUUGGAGCACUGGGAGCUUCAGGAGAGCACAUCGUCCAGAUCUUCGGUGGAAAGACUGUCGUACCAGAUCAAGGAGGACGUCGACCUCGCGACGGUCGCCCUUCAAAGUGGCAGGCGCCUCAUUUCGGGCCGGAAUCUGCUGCUGCCCCAGCCCGUUGUCUCCCUCCGUGAGAUCAUAUCUCAGCUGCUGGCCGACACCCCGAGCUCGACCCUGGAAGCAACCCUCCCAAAGGAAAAGCGGACCGAGCUCGAGGCCUGGUUCAACCAGCUCGCAUUCCUGUCGGCGCCGCUCAGUGGCUUCGUGGACCACCUAACCACCAGGUUCCAGGGCAGCCACGUCAAGCCGUCCGUCCGCCUAGCCGACGGAAAAAGAGUCAUUGCCGACGCACUCAGGGCGGGCGCGGGCGCCGGAUUCACGGCCGACAUGCUGCAUUUCAUUGGCGACGCGACAACCCUAACACCAUACGGCACCUCGGUCUUGGUGCCACGGGGCUCCAGCGUUUUCCAUCCGGCAACGCAUGGGCAGCUGCGAUUGGUCAAGCUCAACAUCAUCGACAAGUUCGGCCAAGUCAUCCACGCCAUCGACCAGGGCAUGUCUCCCGAGGACGCCGCGCCGCUUUACCCGUGCAUCAGCGAGCGACUGCGACCCCAGGCCGUGCACGGCGAACCCCUCGUCGCCAACACGGUGAAGAGGGCGCCAUCGGGCCUCUGCGAGUUUGUCCAGCUGCCGCCGCGCAUCAACCAGCUAGCCCGCCUGAACGCCGAUUUUGUUGAAAUCCACGACGGACCCGGGGGCAGGGCGGUCGUCAACCGCCUGCGCGAGGAGGAGAAUCCCGUCUGGGGCUGGCUCGUCGUCAACUUUCCCAACAACGGCCUGCAGCUGUUCCAGCCCGACGGUGCCUUUUACCGCGAGAUCCGCUUCGGUGGCCCCGCCGGCACCCUUGCUUCGGACAACUGGCUGCCAUUCGCCCCGUCUGCGGACGACGCCGCUCGCCAGGCCGCCUCCCCGGGCACGGCACAGCUCAACAAGCUCAUCGACAAGCUGCGAGACCCCGAGUACAUGCGAGGCUUCGUCAACAUGAUCGAGGAGGCGUCGAGAAACACACCUGCCGCGCCCGAAGCAUACUCUGAAACCAUUCAGUCAAUCAUCGGGCGACCUCUUGCCCUCGUCAAUGCCGCCUGGUCCAUUGAGCUCGCCCACGAAGAACUCAACAACCUGUCCGCAUUCCACGAGGUCAAGGACUCUGAUCAGACCCUUCUCGACCAGUACGAGCACACUACUAGGUACUCAUUCCCCGUCAAGCUUGGUGACAAGGGUCGCUUGUUCGACGGCUUGAUUGGUUAUUUUAAACGCCGCGAUGAGGACGCCGCGGUCGCCGGUGAUUUCUACGACCUCGACACCCUGAACACGUCGUACGUGUCGCGCCCGCAGGGCCCCGGCGACCGCCGGCGGGAAAUCACCCCGGAGCACUAUCUCGGCCUCGAGCCGACGUGGGCAUCGCCGCUCGACGACAUUCCCCGCGGCGGCGGCGCCGACCUCGCCGUCGAGGCAUACGAGGCGGCCUUUUCGCGCAACCUGUCCGUCGUCGGCGCCGUUAUCGACCCGUUCCGCGCGGUGCACGCUUUCAGCGGCGUGCUGCCCCCCAAGGCCCUGCGCCUCCUGCCGUGGGUGUGGGAGGAGGCGUUCCGCAAGAUGACGGCGUUUUUCCACCUCGGCCCCCUGGUCAUUCAGGGCGACGUGCCCCCGCUGGACGUGCGGAAUCGCCUGACGGAUCGAUGGGACGAGGUGACCCCCGUGAAGUCUGACGUGCGGCUGCAUAUCGCGCCCGGUGUGGACUGGGCCUGGCUGCAGCCAUAUGCAGUAGAGAAGACGAAGAAGGGGGGGCAAGAAGGUAAUGGUGAAGAGGGCAAGGAUGCGGGCCUAGAGACAAUCUUUAUGCCAUUGGCUGUCGACCAGGUUCCGCAGGGACUCAAGUUGAGUCCGGGCCCGUAUACAGCUAUCGAUGGGUACAUGCAGGUGAGAAAGUCUCUACAGUAA